AUGCCUUCCUUUGGGCAAGCUCUCCUCGCGACAACUCCCCUCAUCACACUCUCACCAUUAGGAGUCAAGGAAGCACUUUUCCCAUGGGUAUGUUGGAGGAUUUGGACAGCACGGAACCAUCUUAUUUUUGAAAACAGAGUCUUUGAACCGGCGGAAAUCCUUUCCAAAGCCAUCAGCAGUGCAAGAGAAUGGAGUGCAGCUCAAACCACUAGGGUCCCCUCACAAACGCCGCACAUAUCACGACAUCUCCCAUCCUCGUUGCCCAAUACAGAGUUUGUUUGCUACACUGAUGCGGCUUGGAUGACGACGACGAACAGAGCUGGAUGCGGCUGGAUCAUUCAGAACGCUGGAGGCGCUUCUCUUUUGCAGGGUUCAUGCGUCUUUGAGUACAUCCCAUCGUCCUUGAUGGCGGAAGCUUUAGCUAUCAGUUUCAUCUCGCGCUCUUUGAACUACACGGCUGAUAUUUUGGUCAAGUCUGAAUUACAUGCUACUUUCCCCAACUAG